AUGGGCUGCGAUCGAAACUGUGGGCUCAUCGCUGGUGCUGUCACUGGUGCACUCAUGGCUGUGUUUGGAGGUAUUCUAAUGCCAGUUGGAGACAUACUUAUUGAGAAGACAGUUAAAAAGGAAACUGUCCUUGAAGAAGGUACAAUUGCUUUUAAAAGUUGGGUUAAAACAGGCACAGAAGUUUACAGACAGUUUUGGAUCUUUGAUGUACAGAAUCCAGAGGAGGUGGCAGUGAACAGCAGCAAAAUUAAAGUUAAGCAAAGAGGUCCUUACACGUACAGAGUUCGUUAUCUAGCCAAGGAAAAUAUAACCCAUGACUCUGAGACCCACACGGUCUCUUUCCUACAGCCCAACGGUGCCAUCUUUGAACCCUCACUAUCAGUUGGAACCGAGAAUGACACUUUCACUGUUCUCAAUCUGGCUGUAGCAGCUGUGCCCCAUCUCUAUCCAAGCGCAUUUGUUCAAAUAAUAGUCAAUAUCUUUAUCAAAAAAUCAAACUCUUCUAUGUUUCAAAAGAGAACUUUGAAAGAACUAUUAUGGGGCUAUAAGGAUCCAUUCUUGAGCUUGAUUCCAUACCCGGUUCCUACUACAGUUGGUGUGUUUUACCCUUACCACAAUACUGCAGAUGGAGUUUAUAAAGUUUUCAAUGGAAAAGAUGACAUAAGCAAAGUUGCCAUAAUUGACACAUAUAAAGGCAAAAAGCAUCUCUCCUAUUGGCCAAGUUAUUGUGACAUGAUUAAUGGUACAGAUGGAGCCUCAUUUCCACCUUUCAUUGAGAAGACCCGGGUAUUGCAAUUCUUUUCCUCUGACAUUUGCAGAUCAUUCUAUGCUGUGUUUGGAGCUGAAAUUAAUCUGAAAGGAAUCCCUGUGUAUAGAUUUAUCCUUCCAUCCUUGGCUUUUGCAUCUCCACUUCAAAAUCCAGACAACCACUGUUUCUGCACAGAAAAAAUUAUCUCCAAAAAUUGUACCUUAUAUGGUGUGCUAGAUAUUGGCAAAUGCAAAGACGGAAAACCUGUGUACAUUUCACUUCCUCAUUUUCUACAUGCAAGUCCUGAAAUUGCAGAACCUGUUGAAGGCUUAAGUCCAAAUGAAGAGGAACAUAGCACGUACUUAGAUGUUGAACCUAUAACUGGAUUCACUUUACAAUUUGCAAAACGCCUGCAGAUCAAUGUACUGGUUAAGCCAGGAAAAAGCAUUGGAGCAUUAAAGGGUCUGAAGCAGAAUUAUAUGGUGCCUGUUCUUUGGCUUAAUGAGACUGGCACAAUCGGUGAUGAGAAGGCAGAAAUGUUCAGAAAUCAAGUGACUGGAAAAAUAGAACUCCUUGGCCUGGUAGAAAUGAUCUUAAUCAGUGUUGGUGCGGUGAUGUUUACUGCUUUUAUGAUUUCAUACUGUGCAUGCAGAUUGAAGAGUGUAGAAUAA